AUCACAGCGAAAAUUCAGACGCUUCAACUUAUCCCCAUUUCUCAGAAAACCCUAAACCAUCCUCCUCUUUUUCCUCUUGUUUCUUCUUCUUCGCCGCCGCCGCUGCUCAACGGUGGUGAUUUUCUCUGACGGUCACAUCGAUCUCCUACACAAACCUUCACACCAUGGCUGCUACUGCUACUGCUUCCUCAGACGCCGGUGAAGGACCAGUCAUGGCGCUCAUCAACAAGCGUCUCCGUGCCCUCCGCAAGAAAUACAACCGAAUCACUCAGAUGGAAGAGUCGAUUUCUCAGGGAAAGACACUGAACAAGGAGCAGCAGGAAGUUCUCCGAUCGAAACCAGCCGUGGUCGUUUUAAUCGAAGAGCUCGAAAAGCUCCGAGCUCCUCUCUCCGCCGCGGUUUCGGAAGAAAUCAGCCUCGCUACUACUCAGCACCACCGGGAAUCAUCCGAUCAAACCCCCGCCUGUGUUCAAGUCAACAUUCCCGAGGAAUCGCACAGCGAUGGCGAUGCCAAGCUAGAGGAUUUGGUGAAUCUCUUGUACUUUGGCUCGCUCUUCGAUGUGAAGUCGCAGAACGAUUUUACUUCAAUAAUGAUGACGAGGAUGCACGAGAGGGGAUGCUGCUUGACUUACGAUUACGUUACCGAUGAUGCCGAGGAACUGCUCUCCGAUAGGGAUUUGGAUUUGAUUUCGAAUCUCUGGAGCAUGAUGAUAUCUAGGCCGGUGGAUUCGAGCUUGUCUCACAAGAACGCUUUGGAGCGUUGCAUCGAGCACGCCAAGCUAUGGCUAGCUAAUUCGGAUCAGCCUAUUGAAUCAAACUGCAACAUUUCUUAUGCUUCAUUGAGAGAGAAGUUGAAGAAGAUUAUGGGUUCUGAUUAUUUCACUACUACACCGGUGAUGAAAGCUCCGGUUGAAGUAGCGGCUGCAGCUGGUAACUACGCUUCUUUCCAGGCCAUUGGUGACGUUGAAGCUUCUGCUGGACAAUACCAACAAAAGGAAGAAGAAGCUUCAAACAACAAAGAACAAGAAUCAGUUGUCAAUGAUCAAUUUGAGAAUCAAAAGGAUGAGUCAGUGACGGAAGGAGAGGUAGGCCAUGGACAACAGGAACAAGCCUAUUCUCAGGUUGAAGCAGAGAACGCCAAGAGAGACUAUGAGCAACAGUAUGUGCGACGUGGAUCCUACCAGCAGAACCAGAGAGGCCGUCGAGGUGGUCGAAGAGGCUAUUCAAAUGCCCGUGGAGGUCGAGGUGGUGGCUACCCGAAUGGGAGGUACGAAUCUUAUGAUCAGUCUGGUGGAAACGGUUACCAAAGGAGCUACUACAACAACAGAGGAAGGGGACGUGGUGGUGGUGGUGCUGGUGGAGGAAAUGGCCAUUCAUACAACAACCACCAAGACUCCAAUGUUGCUGUUGCGUCUUAGCUUUUUCAGCCUCUGGCUUUUGGGUGCGCAAUCUCCUUCGUUUGAUUAAGUUUCGGCUUUAACCUAUAUAAGCCGUAUCUCGGCUUUGGAACUUUUGCAUAUUACUCGGUUUCUCUUAUGAACUUUUUUGUGGCCAUCAAUGUUACUUUUUCCGACAUGUGAAGUAGUAAUCCUUUUUUCCA